GACCUGCAACACAACAGGAGGAUUUAUAGGAAAUGAAAACGAUGAUUUAAGCCAGGAAACUUUUCAUACUGAACUACUAAAGUGACCCCAAAACCAAAACAUUGAACUUUAUCUAAAAAUAUGAAGUGUCAGUAAAAUGAUGAUGAUGGUGAAGUGAUCUGUUCAUGCUGUGGGUUUAGCUGAUCUAAAUACUGAUGAACUAUUUAUUCUGUGGGUUUGUGUUCCUGUGGUCAGUAGGAGGUUCCUCUACUGAUCAUCUGCUUUGUUUUAACAAUCAACUUUUGAAACCAAAUGUAGGUGAUAGUGACAGUAGGAAGACUUUCACUACUUCAUCAUGGCUUUACAGCUGCUGAUCUUCAUCCUCCUCCUCAAUUUGACUCAUGAAGCAAAAGCUGAAGCUCUUCCUCAACCAAACCUAACUGUGGAUCGACUUGUGAUGACAGAAACUGAUUCAGUCACAUUAAACUGUUCGGCUCCAACACAUGUUUCUGUGUCUCGGUGUGAUUUCUACAUUGAAAACAAAGAAAUGUCUUCAGAUUCCUCCUGUGUGAAAACACUGACAGGAUCUGAGAUGCUGAAGAAGUUAAACAUAAGAUCACCAUCUGAUGUCAAAGUUAAAUGUUCCUACGUUACAAAGAUUGAUGCUCUCGAUUCCUCAUCAUCAGACAGUGAAUCAACAACCAUCAUUAUAAACAAUCUUCUUCCAGCCUCACUGACAGUGAAUCCUCUGGUGAUCACAGAGUCAGACUCAGUCACUUUAACCUGUCGGCCUCCAUCUUCUGUUUCUGUGUCUGAUUGUUUUUUCUACAUUGGGGAAGAAAAAACACCACACAUAUUUUCUUGUGUGAAGAUGAUGACAGCAGCUGAUCUCCUGUCUUUAACCAAACAAAGUUUACCAGCUGACAUUGAUGUAACAUGUUUUUACCUGAAUUCACAUCAGUCUCCAAAGAGUAACCUGCUCACCAUCAUCAUACAGCUUCCUCCACCUGAACUGACUGUGAAUCCACAGCAGAUCACAGAAACAGAUUCAGUCACAGUGAACUGUGGGACUCCUUCAUCUGUUCCUGUGGAGAGUUGUUCUUUAUAUUUCAUAAACUCAAAGAUGUCCAGAAGCAUUUCCUGUGAGCAGACACUGACAGGAAGUGACCUCCUGAUGAUGGCACAUCAAACUUCACCUGCUGAGGUUGAACUAAAAUGUUUCUACAUUGUGAAACGUGGAGGAAUGCAUCAGUCUCCAGACAGCAACACGUCUACAGUCGACAUCCAGAAAGUUCAGGAAACAGAUUCAACCACAUUUCAGAAAGUAACGACUGUCAGUGUGACUGCUGGUCAAACAUUUAGGACAAUAAAAGAAACAGAAAGUCCAUUUUCUCCUCCACCAUCAUCAGUGAAUCCAACAUUAUUUGCUGCAACAGAUCCAAGUGGAAGUACCACAGUCAACACAGCUUCUACUUUGUCAACGUCACCAUCAGAGGCAACAGUUGUUGAGCGUCAGGAUUGGUUCCCUGCAAACACUGAUCCAAGUGGAAGCACCACAGUCAAGACUUUAGACUCACCAUCAGAGGCAACAGCAGCAGAUCAGAAACUUUCUGACAAAACUAAGUGGAUGUAUGUAGCUGCGCCUGGUUUUGGAGUAGGUGUGGGAGUCGUUUUACUUGUGGGACUUCUCUGUUCCAGACGGAGAAGUGAUAUCAAAACUCACAGGAGACCACCAGUCAGCUAUAAUGAUAAAUUUAUAGGAAUGAGGAAGGUUACUAAUGGAGGACUGUUACCUGUUGGGGAUGAAGAUGGCUACCACACAAUCACCUCCGUUCCUGCAGACGACUCUGCACACGAACACGUUGCGAUAAACACGCAGAACUCUCAAAAUCAUGAUGUUUACCACGUUUACUCCACCAUCCCUGAGGAACCAGAAGAAGCUGCCGUAGCGAAGCAGCUGUACUGCACCCUACAACCCCACUGAAAAACCGCUUUUGUUUAAAGAUGUGUCAAAAAUAUCCACUAAAUGUACA